GUUGCCUGCUUGCAGCGUGGGUGGCACGUGCGCGCGUCUCGUCGCGACCCGGCCAGUUCGAUUCGAUUAAAGGCUUCGCCGCAACCCUCGCUCGCCGCGCGAGCGAGGUGAGACCUCGUGCCUGAAGGUCGUUAUGCGUCGAGCGUCGUCAUCCCCUAAUAAGCUGCGUACGGUGGCAUACGCGAUACGAGGAUAUGCGAUAAGGAUAGCCGGCGAUUCGCGUUCUAAUGCGUUGAGGAAUUGUGACAUUGUCAUCAACCGUCAUCAAGCGUUUAGUACGUCGCGUCAAGAAGCGCGUUCGAGAGAACGAGAAUCGAGAUAGCGAGAUAGUCGAUUUCGUCUCAGCGUCCUCGCAAAGCUUGGCGGCCACUCGAUGAUCGCCUUCCUUUCUCGAGAGGACGAGGAAGCUGAGGACGAAGAAAACGGGGCGAGUUGACGUAGAAGGACGAAUGUCUACAUCGUAAUCGGCGAUGCCGUGCGAGAGAUCUGGGCGACGAAUAGUUGAGACGACCUCGAAUGAGGGUAAACCGAUCGCGAAUACAACGAGUCGAUUAAGACGCGAGACCGGAAUCCUUUGUAACCCCGAGAAAGGCGUGACCUCGGCAACAUGAUGUGGAAGGCAAAAUGGUCACGCUUCACCGAGUGCUUCUGCCGACGACCCGGCCUCGUUCUGGUUCUGCUACCGUGCCUAAUUGUCAUCACCCUCUACCUCGUUCCCGACGACAACUACGAAUACGAUAUGCUGCAGUAUCCGUCCUUCAAGUCGUACAACAUUACAGAAGGCAUGGUGGACGGUUACCUCGUGUGGAAUCCAAGAUGUCACAUGCUGUCCAAAGAGCCUCUGGAUCCGUCCAUCACGAAAUUCGUGAGGAAGGAGAAGCUGCAGAAAUGCCCGAACGAUCUCGUCCUCUCGCAAAUUACGAGAGACCCUAACGGCAGCGUGUUUCUUUCCCUUGAUUCCACCAUGCACAACGAUGUCACCUGCUGCUGGUCAUCCGUAGUCAGACCUAAGGUGGACAAGCCCAAAAAGAAUAACUAUGACUCAACAAUAUCAAUCAAGCAGUGCGAGAACUUUACGAAACAAGUGGCACUCCCCCGCGAAGUAGAAGUGGCGUAUGUAUCGUGUAAGGCGAAGACGAAAUCGUCGACGGUGUACGAGAAUGUUCACGCGAUCUUGAAUCCGGAGAAGGUGCGCGAUCGCAACGGCAGCCAAGCCGGAAACUCAUCGAGGAAGCUGAGCGUGCUUAUCCUUGGCAUCGAUAGUGUCAGCCGACUGAAUUUUUAUCGCGCUAUGCCGAAGACCGAGAAGUAUCUUCGCGAGGCCGGUUGGAUCGGUUUGAAGGGCUACAACAAGAUCGGUGACAAUACGUUUCCCAAUCUGAUGGCGAUUCUGACCGGUCAGACGCCGCAACAGGCGUACUCGCAAUGUAAACCUACGGUGGCCUACAAGCUCGACAAUUGUCCUUUCGUCUGGCACAAUUUCCGCAAUGCCGGCUACGUCACGGCCUACGGCGAAGACGAGACUACUCUUAAUACAUUCAACUACCUCAAGGUCGGCUUUGUCGAGCCACCCACGGAUUAUUAUCUGAGACCCUACAUGCUGGCCAGCGAAAAGCUUCUCAAAAUUAAAAAAAGAUUCAACAUGAAAUACUGCACCGGUCCUGAGCUGAGCUUUGACCGGAUCUUCGAUUACGCCGUAAACUUCGCCCGAACCUUUGUCGACGUGCCGUACUUUGGUUUCUUCUGGACAAACACCAUCAGCCAUGAUAACAUGAACGGCAUCUCGUCGAUAGACACUCAUAUGUUGAAGAGAUUCGAAUUUUUGGAACAGGAGGGGAUUUUGAAUGACACGAUGAUAAUCUUCCUGAGCGAUCACGGUAUGCGAUGGGGCGAGUUUCGCACAACCUUUGUCGGUUGGUACGAGGAAAGAUUACCGUAUAUCUAUAUCUGGCUACCAGAGUGGUUCCGCCAGGAGAAUCCCGAGGCCCAUCGAGCCCUCGCAGUGAAUCAGAACCGACUCACUUCUCCGUUCGAUCUCUAUGAGACCCUGAGGGACGUCCUCAUCAUCGGAGGAGGCGAUGCCGAUCCUAGUCCAGGAUGUUCCACCUGUCAGUCUCUCUUCGCGCCUGUUCCCAGAGAGAGAGGCUGCCAGGACGCGGGAGUGGCUUAUCAUUGGUGUACUUGCACGGCUUUCAAACCAAUCAAUGUCAACGACAAAAUCGUCGUCGCUGGCGUGCAAAAGUUUCUGGAUCACGUGGAAAGUAUUGUGAAAAACUACAAGGACAAGAAGGGCCGACGACUGUGCGCGCGGCUCAAGCUAAAGAAAGUGCAUCGGGUGAACGAGGUGAUCGAUUUCGGCGCGCAAAACCAGACCAGCGUCGCGUAUUUCUACAUGCUCCAAACGACGCCCGGCAACGGUAACUUCGAGGUUACCAUUAGAUAUUACGGCGACGGCAAUUAUACUCUGUCCGAUAGCGAAGUCAGCAGAAUCAAUUUUUACGCCACGAGCGCGAGGUGUCUAAAUCGUGGCAUGAAGCAGUAUUGCCAUUGUAUCAAGUAGACAACGAUGAACUCUCAAAAAACGGGAAUUUUUCAUCUUGCGCGCGUUGUACUUCAUUAGCGUUUCGAUGAAUUGAAUCAAUCAUUGCACCCAAAAAAAUCAACUUUUCUUUAAUCAGGAAAAUUAAAGUUUUUAUAAGUGUAGUUGUAUUCACAUAUAAAUGGCAAAGAGAAUAUUCAGAUUUUACUUCAAAUAACUCUUUGAAGCGAAAAACUUGCGAAAUCAUUACAAGAAGAUUCGAUUUUACGUGUGUUUUUCCUGCAUCGAUUCAAUUUAAUCAAUAUCUUUAUCAAAUGUCUAAUACUAUGUUUGCCGUUUUAUUUUCGAAUUUUAAGUUGUAUAGGCAAACGCGUGAGGCACAGUUGAACUGAUAUGCUUAGUACAUAUCAAACAUACCAAAUUGAUUGCCUCAUCUCAAGGAACUAGGGACCUGAGAUAUAUAUAUGGAGUGGAUAUAUAUAUAUGGACAUACCUUCUCGUUUACUGAGAAUAACUACGACUAGAUUUUUUUAGGCCACUUGGCACUUAAAUGAUAAACAAUAAUUCAAUAGUCAGUUCGAUAUUAAUGAAGUGAAAUCGUUUUUGUUUUUUAUCGAUACUUUAAAAUGAAAUCAUUAUUGACGAAUAGAAAGUAAAUAUGAGCUAAAUGUCAAAAAUUUCUAGUUACGACGAGAGACGUUACAAGUAAUAUAUUUUUGCACAAGCAUAUGUUAUUACAAAAAUAUACAAUAUUAAAUUAAUAAUAAAGUACUUCUUCAAUUACGAUAUUUAAAGUAUUAAGCAUUCUUUAUGUAUGUCACGCAAUUCUAUCAUAUCAAUAUCAUUUUUGACAAUUAGCUGGUAUUUGUUAUUCAUUUUUGUAGCUAAUUGCUAGAAAGAAAGAUAAUCGUGAAAGAAAGCGCAUCGCGUGGAAAAUCAAUUUAAUAAAUUCCAUGCCGCUGCAAUUUGUCGUGAAAUUAAUUGUCACGCGUAUCGUAUUGCGAUAUCGUACAUAUCUUAUAUCAGAGAGCAUCGUUAUUGCGGUAAUUUUUUCCACGCAUCGUUGCAUCGAUCGCGAAUGUAUAUACCACACGUCGUUUAGAAUCGAUAAACAUUAAAGAUUCAUAAAAGCAUAAGUGUCGAUAUAACCAUACAAGAGCUAAGGACGUACGCGGAAAUGCAUGAAUGUAUUUUCGCGACGGCACUCGUUCCGUCUUACCGAUGUUGUACUACAAGGCGUUAGCUGUUUGUAAGUAAUGCGUGUGCCUGUCUUGCAAGAAGUGCCAAAUGCGUUCUGUGCUAACCGAGCGUCAAAAGAAACUUCCUUACUUCCAGCAUCGGCGGCGAUCACUACGACAAUUUUACAUGAAAAUUAAAAAUUUAACGAAUAAACAAAAUACUGCGUUGAUAACAAAAAUAAAUAAUAUCAUCUCAUUUUGGCUCUAUAGUAUUUUAAAAGCAAAUUCUUGAGAUAAAUUCGUUCUUUUUUUUUACAAAAAAUUAAAAAAGAUUAUUAUCUGCUUGUAAUGAACGUAAAAUCGACUUCGAAUUGUUAUCCCCUCUCCCUCGAAAGAAUUAUUCUUUAGAAGAAAACUUCUUGUAUAUUUUAUUACAAAGCGCAUGAUCGCCUUCGUGUACGAGGAGUAUGGAAUUUUAUGCAUAAGAGGAAAAAUAAAAUGAGAGAGAGAGAGAGAGAGGCCAAUGAAUAUAUCGCAACAUAUAUUUUACUACGACAUUAUGUACGCUUUAUUCUAGGUAAUGCGAAGAUGUAAGAUUUAAUAAUUAGAAGAUAAUGUAAUUAAUGAGUACUCCCUAUAAGAUUGGGAUGGAGACUAAUUGAUCUCCGAAAAUCAGCCAAGCCAGAUUUAAACGAAUUUUCCGUAGGUUAAAGAAAUAUAAUUUAAUUGCCAAAAACAUUUAGCAUCAUAUUCUUCGAACAUAAAUCCUCAGAUCCUUAGAAGAGGUAGUGUCAAAGACUAACGCAAAUUUAAUCAUUAAUGAUUUUACAGAUGGAAUUGUUAAUUCGGGAACCGUCUAUACAGAGAUUUGCGUAUAUGAGAAUAGAUUGUUUUUCACAAAAUAUAAAUCAUUAAAUUAUUAUUAAACAUUA